CCCCCAAUGAUUCUUGAUAUUUUGAGUCCUAUAUAUAGUUUACCUUCCUUCCCAUUUUCUUUCAUCCACCCAUCUCCCAAUUGAGAUAUAGAAUAAUAUAGGAGGAACAAAAUGGAAGCACUUUCUUCAAAGUUCCUUCUCAUAUUUUUUGCAUUUAGCUUCACCACACUCUCUAUACAAGCAAGAGAAACCAACACCUUAUUCAUUAGAAACUCUUGCAGUUCCACAACUUAUCCAAGACUAUGCUAUGCAUCCUUAGUGAAGCACGCAGAUCUCAUUCAGACAAAUCACGUCCUUUUAACGGGCACGGCUCUAAACGUGACUCUUGCUUCGGCGAAAUCAACCUCAGCUUUCAUGUCAACGCUCUCUAGAAGCCGGGGUGUGAAGCCUAGAGAGGCGGCAGCUAUGAAGGAUUGCGUCGAAGUGUUGAGUGACUCUGUCGAUGAACUCAGAAGGUGUAUAGGUGAGAUGAGUCAUCUUAGGACAUCAAAUUUUGAGGUAACAAUAAGUGAUGUACAAACUUGGGUUAGUGCUGCUUUGACAGAUGAGAGCACUUGUACCGACGGAUUUCAAGAGAUUAAUGCAAAGCACAAUAUUCAGAGAAUAGUGAGAGGGAAAAUUGUGCAAGUGGCUCAAUUGACUAGCAAUGCUUUGGCUUUGAUAAGUAAACUUGCUAACUAAGAUCUAUAGUUUUUGUAGCUUCAAAAUUACAGCAUUAUUAAUGUAAUUCAUGUUGCAGUUUCAAGAUGUGUAGCAUCAAGUUGGUAAUACCUUAAACUCAGUGUGUGUAUGAUUGCAAAUUUGUAGCAAUUAGAUGUUUGAAAUUUAUUCCAGUAAAUGUUUAUUUCUUUUGAAA